GCAACAGACUACUACCGGAGUUACCCCGAUUGACACUAUGAGGGUGGUAGCUUUUGACUCCGUGCUGGUGAUCAGACUUAUCAUUUUAGUUUUCAAUUUGAGAGUUUCCAAGAACCACCACUUAUACAGUGUUGAUUUUAGCUAUUAUCCUUUUCUGUUUGAGCUUGUUGGGAUGGUGAUUCAUGAGAUGAAAAAAAAAAGUGAGCAUACGGAGCAUCAAGAGUACCACCAGCACCAUGAUAGGAUUAUCUCUUAG